AUGAAUUAUCUAUUAAGUUUUAUUGUUAUACAUGCUACUUUUGCCAAAGUUCAUCUGAAUCUUCAUCACACAGAUCAGGUAGGUGAAAAUGAAGAAAAAAAUGCUUUAGAAUAUGACUGUUUGCGUGUUCCUGCUUCUGUUAAAAAUGCAAAAAUUACUCGUGAGAUUAUAUCUUAUUGUAUCACUGAAUUAUUAUCAGAAUUCCAUCUAACUGGCAAUGAUCUUUUUCCAAAAUUUACCUUUCUUGAAUUAUCAAAACAGAAUAUAACUAGUCAACAGUUAUACAAUUGGUCAGCAUCAAUUGAUCUUGUUGAACGUUAUCAAUUCUACUUAAAUCAAUUAUCAACAACAUCAAAUGAGAAAUCUUUGGAAACACAAAUUUUUUAUAAUUGUACAUUACCAAGAUUUGGUUCAAUGUGUCAAUAUGAAUUUAUUGAUUAUCAUGAUAAUUAUUCAUCAUUAUAUGAUAUAAUUGAUGAUUAUUAUCGUAAUCAUCCAUACGAUUCAACAAAUUUAACCUGUUAUACUCAUUUACAAUGUAAUCGUGGUCCUGCACCAACAUGUUUAACUUGGAGUGAAAUUUGUGAUGGCCAAAUAGAUUGUCUUGAUGGCGAAUUUGAUGAAGAAAAUUGUUGGCAACUUGAAAUCAAUCAAUGUAAUGAUGAUGAAUACCAAUGCUCUUGUGGACAAUGCAUACCAAAAGAAUUUUUACGGGAUGAUUUCCAAAGUCCGGAUUGUUUAGAUGGUACUGAUGAUCACUCGGUGUUGAAUUCUCUAAUGCAAAAAUGUAGCAUCAAUCAACCGUCAUUUGAAUGUGAAGAAAGAACUUGUAGAAAAAUGUUUGUCACAAAUUCCUGUCAGCCAGAACGUGAAGAACAAUUACUAAGAUUAAUCUAUUCAAUGAAUAACAAUUCCAUAUCCGAACAAUGUUCAUCGGCUUUAAAAUGUCUCUUCGAAAUAGCUAAUCCAAAUAAAACACUUUAUAUUCCCAUUUCGAUGAAAGAAAGAUGUGUAGAAAUCAUUAACAACACAUGUCCAGAUAUGUUUUACAUACCAAAUAGCCCACUUCUCUUUGGUCAUAUCUACGUUGCACAUAGAAAAAAUGAAACAAUAGAUUUGCUCAAAGAAAAUAAGUUAUGGUAUUAUCUAUGUUAUAAUCAUUCUUACUAUGAUCAAUAUUUUAUUAAUGAAAUACCAAUAAUAUUCGAAGGUCGUACUUGUUAUGGAUAUUACUCAUUGUUUUGGCAAUUCGAGAAUAUACCAAGAUCACCAUAUAUUCAAGUUUUAGAGAACAAAUUUUUUAACUUGAAGAAAUACAUGACUAUUUCUAAAUAUAAUACCUUACUUUGUAAUAGUACAAGCACUUAUCACUGUAUUCGUUCCUCAAAAUGUAUAUCGAUUAAACGUAUUUUGGAUGGUACAUAUGAUUGUCUUGAAGAUGAUGAUGAAAAUAUUACUCAUAUAAAUAGCACUGGCUUAAUUAAACUUUUAAAGAAUCAUUUUAAAUGUGAAAUAUCUAACAAAUAUAUUCAUCUAAUGAGUGUUCAAAAUCAAAUAUGUGAUUGUUCUGUUAAGGAAUUUUUUUGGUGUGAAGAUGAAUUUGAUUCAUCAUAUUAUGCUCGAAUGAAUGUUACAUUUCAAACAAUCUGUGAUAGAUAUGUUGAACUUUUUCCAAUAACUAUCGGCAAUAGAAAUGAAACUGAUGAAACAGAAUGUCAACAAUGGCCAUGUAAUAAUAUUUACACUCAUUGUGAUGGUAUAUGGAAUUGCCCAAAAGGUGAGGAUGAAAUCGGUUGUUACUAUCUUCCUUCAUUGAAUUGUUCUUUAAAUCAUCAUUUAUGUGUUACACCUCAUACAAAUCAACUUAUGUGUUUACCUAUUGCAAAGGUUCAUGAUAACGUCAUUGAUUGUCUUGGUGCUACUGAUGAGAAAAUAUUAUGCACAGAUUACAAUUUCGGACGUCAGGAUGGCUUUUUUUGUGAUAAUAAUUAUAAUCCAUGCAUUGGUUCUAGUCACCUAUGUGAUGGAUUUGAACAAUGUAUGCAUGGAGAAGAUGAACAAUUUUGUUUGAAGAAUCAAUCCAAUACAAGUGAAUUUGUUGAUAGUAGGUGCUAUAUUGAAAAUUCAUCACUUCUUUCUGAUGUAGAGAGAUUUCUAUGUCAUGAAACCAAAUCAACUGUAAAGUUACAAAGGAAAUACUUUGCAUUAGAUGAUGCUAGUAAAUAUGCUGAUGAAAAAACGAAGAUUAUGGCAAAACUUGAUUUUUCAACUUCAUUUAUUACGAAAAUGCUUUAUCAACAUGUUUCAGAAUGCUAUCGUGGUUUUCGUUUACGCCUUUGGUUAAACAAGGAAGAAAAUUCAACAAAAAAUGUAUGUCUAUGUCCACCUAGUUAUUAUGGUGAUCAAUGCCAAUAUGAAAAUCAACGAAUAAGUCUAACUAUUCAAUUUCAAGCAUUUUCUGAUUCAUUAUCAACAUUAUUUGCAAUUAUUAUUUCACUUAUUGAUGAUAGUGACGAAAGAAUUAUUCAUUCUUAUGAACAAUUAACAUAUUUAUCAAUAAGAGAUUGUAAAAUUAAAUAUAAUAUUUAUCUACUCUACUCAACCAGACCAAAAAAUUCAACAAAAAAUUAUUCAAUACAUGUUGAUAUUUAUGAAAAAGAUUCAUUGAAUUAUCGUGGAAGUUUAUUAUAUCCAGUAAAAUUUUUAUUUUUACCAGUUCAACGUCUAGCAGUUAUCGGUAUUAUUCCAGGAAAAUAUGAAACCAUUCGAACGUGUUCUUAUUCUUUAUGUGUACAUGGUAAAUGCAUUAUAUAUUCGAAUAGUCGAGGAAAUGAUAGUUUUUGUCAAUGUUAUCGAGGAUGGUAUGGACGAUAUUGUACUAUUCUACAUACGUCUAUAUGUUCAUCUGAUUCAAUAUGUAUUGGUGUAUCAACUUACAAUCGAUCUAUAUGUGCUUGUCCUAUAAAUAAAUUUGGUUAUCGAUGUCUUCUUACGAAUACAAUUUGUCAAAUAAACAAUAAUUUAACUUGUAUAAAUGGUGGUCAAUGUAUUGCCAAUGAUGAAUACAUGGUAGCAAGUAAAACAUUUUAUUGUAUUUGCCCAAAUGGUUACAGAGGAGAUCGAUGUGAAAUAGCUGAUAAUGAAAUUAUUUUCGAAUUUGAAAAAAAUAUUGUUUUAUCUCAAUCAAUAUUUAUUCAUUUUAUUGAAGUUAUAAAUGAUGCUACACCAAUUAGAACGACUACACUUCGAACAAUUUCUUUUACACAAAAAUCAUUUACAAUUUUUUGGUCCCGACCAUUUCAUCUUAUUUUUAUAGAACUUCAAAAUAAAAUUUAUUACUUAGCAUUUAUAGAAAAAAAUUACAAUCAAUCAUCAAAAAUUGUUACAAUGGUAAAAUUAUCAAAUCUUUGUCCAAAUAUAAAUGAAUUAUUCAAUCAUACAUUUGUUCGAAUGCAUAUUAUUCGUCGUAUAAAAUAUUAUCAUUUACCAUGUCAAAAAUAUUCAACAAAAUUGAAUUGUUUUCAUGAUGAUCUUCAUCUAUGUUUAUGUUAUGAUUAUGGACAUGAACGUUUAGCUAAUUGUUUCAAUUUCGAUCAUAACAUGAAAUUUGAUUGUUCUGGUCGAAGUACUUGUCAAAAUAAUGGUCAAUGUUUUCAAGACAGUCUAAAAUGUCCACAACGAUCUACAUGUAUUUGUCCACAAUGUUUUCAUGGAACACUAUGUCAAUUUCGUUCAAGUGGAUUUGGUGUAUCACUUGAUGCUAUAUUAGGUUAUCAUAUUCAACAAAAUGUUCGUAUCAUCAAUCAACCAAAUAUUGUUAAAUACAGUUUAAUAUUUGCUAUUAUUUUUAUGAUCGUAGGAUUCAUGGAUGGAAUUAUAUCUAUAUUAACAUUUAAUAAUAAGAUUAUAUGUGAAGUUGGGUGUGGUUUAUAUCUAUUAGGUUCGUCAAUAACAACUUUAAUUAUAAUAAUUCUAUUUGGUUUAAAAUACUUCAUACUUAUUCUUACACAAAUAGAGACAAUACAAAAUCGAUUAUUUUUACAAAUUCAGUGUUUAUUCCUUGAUUUUCUUUUACGAGCUUCUCUUAAUAUGGAUCAAUGGUUAAAUGCAUGCGUCAGUAUUGAACGAGUAAUUACAAUUGUUCAAGGUGUCAAUUUCAAAAACACAAUUAGCAGAAGAAUAGCUAAAAUAGUUAUAGUUAUUCUUGGAAUCAUAAUCAUUGGCGCAUCUGCCUAUGAUCCUUUUUAUCGACGUUUAAUUGAUGAAUAA